AUGUGUAUGUCCUGGGAUCAGGCCACCCAUCCUUCCUCUAGUCUGCACACUGCAGUCAUUCUGAUCUCUGUUAUUACAGCCCUGGCUUAUGGCCGUCGCAUGUACGUCCGUCAUCUCUGCCUUGCCUCUCUGACCACAGUACCAUUGUGGGCCUUCUUUUAUAUGUCCAGGGCCUCUGCCUUGGCCGGUGCCUUGCAGCACCAUCCUAUGGCUGCUAUGCCUUCCCUGGACUCUGUGUGUCCCCAAGAGGAAGCAGAAAGGGCUGCUGGGCUCCAGGCAGUCCAAUCCCAGGAAUCCGUGACAUUCGAGGAUGUGGCUGUGGACUUCACCCCCCGGGAGUGGGUGCAGCUAAACCCUGCUCAGAGGGAGCUGUACAGGGAAGUAAUGCUGGAGAACUUCAAGAACCUGCUCUCCUUGGGCCUUCUAGUUUCUAAAGCUGAAGUGAUCUUCCAGUUGGAACAAAGGAAGGAGCCUUGGGCCCAAAAGAGAGACAGCUCUAAAGCCAUCGGUCCAGAUUGGGAAACAAGGUCUAAGACCAAGGUCACAAAAGAUAUUCCUGAAGAAGGAUCAUACAAGGGCAGAAUUGUGGAAAGACUCAAAAGAGAUGGUUUAAGGGAUGCUCUGUUGAGAGAAGCAUGGGAAAGCAGAGACCAGUUGAAAGUGCAACGGAGAAACCAAGAGAGACAUUUGGGACAGGUGGCAGUCACCCCCAAGAAGGCUUCUCCUGGGGAAUCAGCCCAUGGAUUGGGAAGAAGCACCAAUAUGAAGUCAGUCAUUACUGACCAAACAAGAGUUACCAAAGGAGAGAGGCAUCUCUUAUCUGGGGCCUAUGGAGAGAGCUUAAGAGAGAAGGACUCAGACCUAGUUCAGCAGCAGAGGAAACUGUGGAAGUGCCUUGAUUGUGAGAAGGACUUCAAAUACUGUUCUGCUUUCAUCCAGCAUCAGAGGAUUCAUACUGGGGAGAAACCCUAUGAGUGUCACGAAUGCAGAAAAACCUUCAGUGACAGACAGUUCAUCCCUUACUAAACAUCAGAGGACUCACAUUGGGGAGAAACCUUACGAGUGCCAUGAGUGUGGAAAAGCCUUCACUGUCCGGUCAUCCCUUACUACACAUCAGAGAAUUCACACUGGGGAAAAGCCCUAUGAAUGUAAUGACUGUGGAAAAACCUUCAGUGUCCGGUCAUCCCUUACUACACAUCAGAGAAUUCACAGAGGGGAGAAGCCUUAUCAGUGUAAUGAAUGUGGGAAGACCUUUGGCCAGAGCUCACACCUCAUUCUUCAUUGGAGGAUGCAUACCGGAGA